AUGGCCCCUCCUACCUCGCUGCCAACCCCGCUGACCAGAAAGACAAAUGAAGCUGACUAUUUCCGCAGAUAUGUAUCCUCGCACAUGUUAUGUUAUUUUAUCCAGGACCACGGCAAGACGUCCCUGACGGACAGUUUAAUCGCCACAAAUGGCAUUAUUUCGCCCAAGCUGGCCGGGAAGAUCCGCUACCUGGAUUCCCGUCCAGAUGAACAGCUGAGAGGGAUUACUAUGGAGUCUUCUGCCAUCUCUCUGUACUUUUCUAUGCUUCGAAAAUCCGCGCCCGACGUAGCGCCUGAAAAGAAGGAGUAUCUUAUCAACUUGAUCGACUCUCCUGGACAUAUUGACUUCAGCAGUGAGGUAUCUACUGCAUCUCGACUUUGCGAUGGUGCUCUAGUACUUGUCGAUGUUGUAGAAGGGGUAUGCAGCCAGACAGUGACUGUCUUACGGCACGCAUGGGUCGAACAGCUGAAACCAAUUCUGGUCUUCAACAAAAUUGAUCGUUUGGUAACGGAGUGGAAAAUGAGCCCUGUCGAGGCAUACUCUCAUUUGAGCAGACUUCUUGAGCAAGUCAAUGCUGUUAUUGGAAGCUUUUACCAGGGUGAGCGGAUGGAAGAGGAUUUAUUGUGGAGAGAAAGGGUAGAAGAGCGGGUGAAAGCUACGGCUGCAAAAGACAAGGAUAAGGACAAAUCUAAAAAACGUACCGAUCAAAGCUCAAAUGCCGAAGAUGAAGUCGAAGAGUUUGAAGAAAGCGAUGACGAGCACUUGUACUUCGCCCCUGAAAAAAACAAUGUCAUUUUCUGCAGUGCUACCGACGGCUGGGCUUUUACGAUUCGACAGUUUUCGGCAUUAUACGAGAAAAAACUGGGGAUUAAAAGAGCCAUUUUAGAGAAGGUGCUUUGGGGAGAUUAUUUUUUGGAUCCUAAAACCAAACGAGUCCUGGCUCAAAAACAUCUUAAAGGAAAAAAUUUGAAGCCUAUGUUUGUCCAGUUGGUUCUAGAAAGUAUAUGGGCGGUAUACAAUGCAACUACUGGAGGAGCAAGCAAAACAGGUGAUUCCGCAUUACUGGAAAAAAUUUCAAAGUCUUUGUCGAUAACAAUACCUACCUACGUACUGAGGUCUAGGGAUCCGAGAAAUAUUCUAUCCGCAGUCUUCUCCUCAUGGCUACCCCUCUCAACUGCAGUUUUAGUUUCUGUCAUCGAAUAUCUCCCUAGCCCCCCGGUAGCGCAAGCACUCAGGCUGCCAGACAUGUUGGAUAAUUCCCCGGGCGUGUCAUUUGUCAGCCCCGCCGUACGCAAUGCCAUGGAAAAGUUUCAGUCUGGAAAAGAUGAUCCCGUAGUUGCGUACGUUAGCAAGAUGGUCUCUGUUCCAGAAAGUGAGCUACCAUCCAAGGCACGACGAGCGGGAGCAGGUGGCACUCUGACGGCAGAGGAAGCGCGAGACCUUGCGCGACGAAAGCGGGAGGAGUUGGCAAAGCUUCAAAGCCAGUCGAGUGUGCCGGAAGAUGAUAAUUUUGCGCGGAUAACUAGUGCAUUUUCUGCGACAAGCAUCGAGGACAACAGCACCGAGGCGACGGAUGAAAAGGCAGAGCCAGAACAUCUCAUCGGCUUUGCUCGUUUGUAUUCAGGGACAUUGUCAGUAGGGGAUUCUGUUUAUGUUCUCCCACCGAAAUUCUCUCCCGAGAAUCCUGCUGCAAGCGGUGAACCACAGAAAGUCGUUAUAACCGCACUGUACCUGCUUAUGGGUCGAACACUCGAACAACUAGAGAGUGUCCCGGCCGGCGUUGUAUUUGGAGUUGGUGGACUUGAAGGCCAUAUCGUCAAAACAGGAACACUUUGCAGUCAGCUUGAGGGUUCAGUUAAUUUGGCAGGUGUAUCUUUGAGCAGCCCGCCCAUUGUACGAGUCGCCUUGGAGCCUGUAAAUCCUGGGGAUUUGAACAAAAUGAUUAAUGGUUUGAAGAUGUUAGAAAGAAGCGAUCCAUGUGCUGAAUAUGAGGUGCUUCCUAGCGGUGAACACGUUAUACUUACAGCUGGUGAAUUGCAUCUGGAGCGUUGCUUGAAGGAUUUACGAGAACGAUAUGCCAAAUGCGAAAUUCAGGCAGGCGAGUCCAUUGUACCGUAUAGGGAGACCAUUAUCAGCGCACCGGAAAUGGCCCCUCCAAAAGCUAUGGAAUCACCCCGUGGAACGGUUCUCACGGCUUCAGCUUCAAAGCAGCUCACGAUUAGAUUAAGAGUACGACCCUUGCCAGUUGCAGUCACCGAAUUCCUUGGCAAGAAUGCUGGAAGCAUAAAACGAUUUUAUGUUCAAAGAAGAAACAGAAAUGGCUCUACCUUCGAGGAGGCAGAGGAUGGAAACCACACCGAUCCCCAAGUUGACAGCCAAGAUAUUGGUCAAGGCAGUAUGUCUAGUCGAAACAUCAUAUCAGAGGAAAAGUUUAAAAAGGAGCUCAGCGUUGCAUUUUCAACAGCGAAGGAUCGAGAUCUAUGGAAAGACGCAAUGGCACAAAUUGCGGAGUUUGGGCCUCGAAGGAUGGGGCAGAACGUUUUACUCGAUGCAACACAAUCAAAAACGUUCGAAAGACUCUUCCCAGAAUCCGCUGACCACGCCAAAAACAUUGAAACGAAGCAGCAGAAGCAAAGGCGAGACGCACGGUUAUUUUCCGACAAGAUAUCGUACGCGUUUCAACUUGCUACCAAUCAAGGACCACUCUGCGACGAACCGGUACAAGGAAUUGCAGUGUUCAUUGAAGAAAUUACGCUUGCUGAAGCCGGUGAUGAUGACGUCGGCCGCCUAACAGGGGAAGUAAUUCGACUGGUGCGCGAUGCAGUAUGGCAAGGCUUCUUGGAUUGGAGUCCACGUAUUCUUCUUGCCAUGUAUAGUUGCGAAAUUCAGGCUUCAACGGAGGUCUUGGGGCGUGUUUAUGGGGUUAUAACCCGCCGUCGUGGCCGUAUCCUCUCAGAAACAAUGAAAGAGGGCACCCCUUUCUUUACCAUCCUUUCCCUGCUCCCAGUAGCAGAGUCUUUCGGAUUCUCAGAGGAAAUCCGAAAAAGAACGUCAGGAGCCGCAUCGCCUCAGCUUAUAUUUGCUGGGUUCGAGAUGUUGGAUGAAGAUCCGUUCUGGGUGCCCGCGACGGAAGAAGAAUUAGAAGAUCUUGGGGAAUUAGCGGAUAAGGAGAACGUCGCGAAGAGAUAUAUGGAUCGAGUACGGAGUAGAAAGGGACUGGUUGUAAAGGGGAAGAAGCUGAUCAAGGAUGCGGAGAAGCAGAAAACAUUGAAGAGGUGA